AUGAUUGAUUUCGAGAAAGCUGCCAUGAAUGCCAUUUCAAAAAAAUUUCCAGUUACAAAAAUUCGAGGCUGUUUUUUUCAUUUUACUCAGUCUGUUUGGAGACACGUUCAACAAGCUGGACUUCAACAACGGUACACUAAAGAUUCAGAAUUCGCUCUUCAAAUAAGAAUGAUGACCGCCCUUAGUUUUGUACCUGUAGCUGAUGUUGAACAGGCUUUUAAUGAUUUGAUGGAUACUAGUUACUACACAGCACACGAAAAACUUUUAACUCCAAUGGUUAAUUAUUUUGAAGACACGUGGAUUGGUCGAAUAGAAGAAAACAUUCCAAGAACAAAUAAUUCUGUCGAAGGUUGGCAUAAUAGUUUUUCAUCCACAUUAAAUGUAAUUCAUCCAUGUAUUUGGAAGUGUAUUGAGGCAUUUAAAAAAGAAGAAUCUUUAAAUAAAAUCCACGUUGAACAAUUAAUAGCUGGGUAUUCUAUCGGUGUUAAAAGAAAAUACAAAGACUUUGCUGAAAGGUUAAAAAAUGUGUGUGAUGACUAUAAUAAUAGAAUAACAGAAGAUUAUUUAAGAGGCAUAGCCCAUAAUUUUCAGUUAAAUGUUUGA